AUGUCGGAAGAAACAGGUCCGCAGCAACGACGAGGCAUCGUCACCCACGGUGCCUCCGAGGAAACGCCUCUUCUCCAGAAUGAUCGCUGUUCAACCGCCAGAGCAUCAACCGAAUCUUUGAAUCAUUCAGAAAAUGGCUCGACAAAGCCUGUCUCCGAUUCAGCCAACGUGGCAAAGCCGCUGCCCAAAGUUCAAAUUGCCUUACUGUGUUACGCUCGGAUGAUGGAGCCUAUUGCAUUCUUCUCCAUCUUCCCCUAUAUUGCGCAAAUGGUGAAGCGCAAUGGAAACCUACCCGACUCGGAUGUGGGCUUUUACAGCGGUCUCAUCGAGUCCGUCUUUUCUGGAACGCAGACCGUCGUUCUCAUAUUCUGGGGACGACUUGCAGACAAGGUAGGCCGCAAACCCAUCUUGAUCUACAGCCUUUGUGGCCUGACGAUUGGGCCGGCAUUAUUUGGACUUGCCACAAGUAUUGGGGAGAUGGUUUUGUUCAGGAGCGUUGCCGGCGUGGUUUCGGGGUCGAGCUUGAUUAUUCGAACAAUGAUUGGCGACCACAGUACGCCCGAGACCCAGGCUGUUGCGUUUAGCUGGUUCGCCUUUGCAGGCAAUGUGGGCAUCUUUCUUGGCCCAAUUAUUGGCGGUGCUCUGGCAGAUCCUGCGAACCAAUACCCAGGUUUGUUCGGCGGCAUUGGCUUCUUUGAAAACUACCCAUAUGCCCUUCCGGGUCUCGUUGUUGGCGCUAUUAGCGCUACCGCUGCGCUGACGUCAAUGUUCUUUCUCGAAGAAACCUUGAACACAAACGAGACCCUUGGUGAGAGCUUCAACAGCAACUCGGAAGACCCCGAUGCUUCGAAAAUGACGAUAUGGCAGCUUAUCAAAGCUCCAGGGGUCGGUGUCGUGUUAUGGAUUUAUGGCCACGUCAUGUUUCUUGCGUUUGCCUUUACAGCACUUCUCCCAGUCGCAUUGUUUACCCCUGUCGAAAUCGGCGGUCUGGGAUGCUCAGCUAUGCAAAUUUCAAUAUACUUGGCUGCGCAGGGCGGUAGUCAGGCCGUAUGGCUAUUAUUCGCUUUUCCAUUCCUGCAGCACCGCCUAGGUACUAAGGGGGUGUUGCAAAUGUGUGCUACUGCGUAUCCGUUUUUUUUCGCAGGCUACAUUGUCAUGAACACCUUGCUUCGGGACGGCGGUCAAGUUGCCAUGGCUUGGUUCUGGAUACUAGGUUCCAUGGUUGCAUUUGUCGGUCCCGGCGUGUCCAUGGCCUUCACCGGAGUGCAACUGGCAUUGAACGACGUUUCUCCAGCGCCUCAACAGCUCGGAACUCUCAAUGCUAUCGCCUUGACGUGCACCAGCGCCAUUCGUUCAGUCGUGCCCGGUGUCGCUUCUGCCGUCUAUGCUGUCGGUGUUCGUCAUCAGAUAUUAUGGGGCCACCUUGCUUGGGUCAUUCUUAUCCCUAUAUCGAUGGCAUUGACAGUAUGUCUCAAGUGGUUACACAAUGAUGGGCGCUGA